CUGGUAGUAAUUGUUUCGAGGGCUCGUUCUCAUGCAGGCAAUUGGCCAAACAAAAUACUCGGCCCAAUCGAUUCAGUCAACCCAAAAUUCCCUCUUCCAGGGGCUGUAGCCGUUUGCUUUUCUUCAAAGCGAUCCAAAGUACCACUUACAUCUGCGGCUGUGAUAAUCCCAAAAGCCGCAUGUGAGCGAUACGCCUCGAUUAUGUCCGAAGUCCAGAACAUGCUUGAGAACGAGGUACCUUCCAUCGCCCCAGUCAUCCCGUCUCUUAAUACUGGCCUUUUGGAAUUCAAGGUCCAUGCAUGCCCGAACAUCCUGAAGAGAGACAUUGGCCCAUUCUUUCCUGACAGAGAUUUUUCGCGAAUACAUCUCACCGUCAUUACACUUUCGCGUCGAAAUCAGCUUGACGCCUCCGAGCUUCUUGACAGCGAGAAUUUUGUGGACCAUUUUGUAGAGGCAGCUAUACACAUCUGUAGUUCUCUGAAGGAAAUGGGUUACUGGGCUGACUUCAUCAACCCCAGCACUGGCAAACCGGUAAGUCUUUUUUGCCCCCCGAUUUCUGCCCACUUUAAAGCGGUGCGUAAUCCCUCAUUUAAUCUCUCCUUUGAUUAUUCCUUUCCCGAUAGAGCUGCACAGAAAAUCUUUUCCUCAGAGAUCUAG